CCGCCUUCGAAGUCUCGAUCACUUGUUUUUUUUUCAUAGUCGAAGUCGUCUUCCACUAAGAUGAACCUCCGCGCCUUCCUCAUCGCCGCCGUCGCUUCCCUAGCUGUAGCCAAUGCUAAAGUCAGCCGAGACAACCACGAUGAAGUGCAGCCGUUCACCCAGCCGCUACCGAUCACCGACUCACAGAAGUCUGCUGUCAAGUACAAACCCCAGCUUCACAUAUCGUAUGGAUGUCACCCGUACCCUGCUGUCGAGCCCAACGGCUCUGCUAGUGGCGGUCUCGAAUGGUCUGGACCUGCUGAUGGAGACUGCACGGGCUCCCCACUGGGCUCACAAGUGUACUCUCGUUCGGAUUGGUACAAGAACAAGUGGGCCAUCAUGUACGCUUGGUACUUCCCCAAAGGCCGCUAUGGGCUCACUGGCCACCGUCAUUACUGGGAGUACGUCGUCGUCUGGGCAGACAGCUCUACGUCUACCAGCUCAUCAAUCCAGGGCGUGUCCAUGUCUGCGGGUGUCGGUCACGCCAAGGCUACUCCCCCGAUGCUCAAGUACAUUCACGGAUCGAGUGUCAAACUUGACUCGUAUUUCAGUUUUCUAGGAAGCAAGGCGGCUCUGCAGCUUACCAAGGAGACCGGAGAAACUCAGGAUCUUAUCACUUGGGACCAGAUGACCGUAGCAGCUCGUGAUACGCUGAACAGUGACACUCUCGACGGUAACGUGUGGCUCACGAACAAGGACGAAGUGCCGUUCAAGGACACUAUUUUCUUGAAGCGACUCGAGGAUGCAUUCCCUUUUUAAGAAGGUUGACACGUGGGAAGUAUACAGCUGGAAAC